AUGUCCGAUAGUCUGGAUUUUGAAGAGAAACCUCCAGCUCCACCGUUGAGAAUGAACAGCAACAAUCGUGAUUCUUCAGCACUAAACCACAGCUCAAAACCACUUCCCAUGGCCCCUGAGGAGAAGAACAAGAAAGCCAGGCUGCGCUCCAUCUUUCCAGGAGGAGGGGAUAAAACCAACAAGAAGAAAGAGAAGGAACGUCCUGAGAUCUCUCUUCCUUCAGACUUUGAACACACUAUUCAUGUGGGAUUUGAUGCCGUCACUGGAGAAUUCACACCAGAUCUCUAUGGCUCACAGAUGUGCCCAGGGAAGCUCCCAGAGGGCAUUCCAGAGCAGUGGGCCAGGCUACUACAGACCUCCAACAUAACAAAACUGGAGCAAAAGAAGAACCCGCAGGCUGUUCUUGAUGUUCUCAAGUUUUAUGAUUCAAAAGAAACAGUUAACAACCAGAAAUACAUGAGCUUUACAUCAGGAGAUAAAAGCGCCCAUGGAUACAUAGAAGCUCAUCCAUCGAGCACAAAAACAGCAUCAGAACCUCCUCUGGCUCCCUCUGUGUCUGAAGAAGAGGAUGAAGACGAUGAAGAGGAGGAAGAUGACAAUGAACCUCCGCCUGUUAUCGCCCCACGGCCUGAGCACACAAAAUCAAUCUACACACGUUCUGUUAUUGAACCUGCCGCUGCACCAGCACCAGCUAAAGAAGCCACCACUCCCCAACCUGAAAACUCAAACACAAACACUCUGUACAGAAACACAGACCGGCAGCGAAAAAAAUCCAAGAUGACAGAUGAAGAGAUCCUAGAGAAACUGAGGAGCAUUGUGAGCGUGGGAGAUCCUAAGAAGAAAUACACUCGAUUUGAAAAAAUUGGCCAAGGGGCUUCAGGAACUGUUUACACAGCAAUUGACAUUGCCACAGGACAAGAGGUGGCCAUAAAGCAAAUGAAUCUCCAACAGCAGCCCAAAAAGGAACUAAUUAUCAAUGAAAUCCUGGUCAUGAGGGAAAAUAAGAAUCCAAAUAUUGUUAACUAUUUGGACAGCUACCUUGUUGGUGAUGAACUGUGGGUGGUGAUGGAAUACUUGGCUGGAGGCUCUUUAACUGAUGUUGUCACAGAAACAUGUAUGGAUGAAGGACAGAUAGCUGCUGUCUGUCGGGAGUGCCUGCAAGCCCUGGAUUUCCUUCAUUCCAACCAAGUGAUCCAUAGAGACAUCAAAAGUGACAAUAUUCUUCUUGGGAUGGACGGAUCUGUCAAAUUGACUGAUUUUGGCUUCUGUGCUCAGAUCACCCCUGAGCAGAGUAAACGGAGCACAAUGGUGGGAACUCCUUACUGGAUGGCACCAGAAGUUGUAACAAGAAAAGCAUAUGGCCCCAAAGUGGACAUCUGGUCACUUGGGAUCAUGGCAAUAGAAAUGGUGGAAGGAGAACCUCCUUACCUUAAUGAAAAUCCUCUCAGGGCAUUGUAUCUGAUAGCUACAAAUGGAACACCAGAGCUGCAGAACCCAGAGCGACUCUCGGCUGUUUUCCGAGACUUUCUUAACUGCUGCCUGGAGAUGGAUGUGGACAGGAGAGGGUCUGCCAAGGAACUUCUGCAGCAUCCAUUUUUAAAAUUAGCCAAGCCACUCUCAAGCCUGACUCCUCUGAUCAUUGCAGCAAAGGAAGCAAUUAAGAACAGCAGCCGCUAG